UUUUUCAGGUGAAGCAUGCUGCUGCUUUAAAACUUAUUCACACUGAACAACUGCAGAAAUUGCAAUCAAAACAUCAACAAGAAGUCGAACUUCUGGAAGAUAUACGAAUCUUCAGCCAGAAAAGAUCAGCUAUAGAGAAAGAAUAUGCACAGUCAUUGCUGAAAUUAACAUCAUCCCUCCUGAAGAAAGACAUAGUUCUGCCACCAGACAUUCCAAGUGAAGAUGGUAAAGAACAUAAGCAAAGUAUAGGAAGUAACCAAAAUAGAACUGCAGUUAUUGUUUGGCGACAAAUAUUGGAAGAACUGGAGAAGGUUGCAAAAGCCAGGCUGGCAGCUUCAGAAAUAUAUUAUGAGAAGUGUGCAGAACCUGCUAAACCCUUAAAAAAUGCAAAAGUUCAAUGUUUGAAAAAGCUGGUGUCUCAACUUAGUCUCAUCCAAUCUGAAGUCGCACAAAGUGUUCUUGAGAUGACAAAGGCACACAAAAUCUACAUUGCAGAUGAGACACAGACAAACGAUGCCAAACAAAAAGCAAUGGAGGCUGAUGAAAAGCUGAAAAGAAAAUCCGUUGGAUUUUUCAAAAGUAUGACUAGUUUACAACGUAACUGUUCAAAGCUAACAACUCGAUAUGAACAAUGUGCUACAAAAUCUACUGCAUCAAGGAAUGAAUACUUACUUUGCCAAUCAGCUGCCAAUGCUCACCAAAUACGAUAUUACAGUGUGGAUUUACCUGAACUUAUGAAGGCCUUGGAUGGUGAAGUGUAUGAAAGAAUUCAAGAUUAUUUCACUAUCCACACUAGCACAAGUGCUGAAGUUAGUGCCAUUGAGACGAACUGCUUUCAAAAGCUGUCACAUGAAGCUGAGAAGAUCAGUCGAAACUAUAAUUUACAGUGUUUCUUACAUGAAAGCAAUGUUUUCACCGACCUUUUGCAAUAUCAAUUUGAACCCUGCUGUAAUGAUCAAGUAAUUAAACUUUCUCAGGAAUAUGGAGCUAGCCAUCAACUGGAGAAAGAGGCAAGAAAGUGGGCCACAAAGAUAUCAAAGGAAACAAAAGCUAUUCGGGAGCAUAUUAAAACAAUGAAAGCCUUACAGAAUCAACUAAAAUCUGAUGUGAGUGGAGGGGCUGGUACAGAAAAAAGUGACAGUGCUGGUCAAGACACUGAGUCCCAACUAGAAGAACUGAAACAGAAUAUGAGAAGAGCUGAAACAGCAAAGAUGAAGGCUGAAGCACGAAUUGAACUAUUAAGAAAUAUAGGAAUUAAUGUUGAUGAAUGGCUUACCAAUGCACAAACAGAUAGUCUUGCUGCCGAGCCAGAUGCUGUUUCUCGUACACCUAGUCAAGCAUCGGUAAGAACUGAAAGUUCCAGUGGACCGACAGAAGAACCUGAAGCUACAUAUACACACUUUGAUGAUGACGAUGACUAUGUAGAAGAAGUUGCAGAAAUAGAACAAGUUUCCAUGAGCCCAGCUAUCCAAAGUUCUUCAUCCUCCAGACAAUAUCCAAUUUAUGCUCAAGCUUUAUAUACAUUCCAAGCCACAAACUCUGAUGAGCUUGGUCUGGAGGAAAAUGAAAGUAUUGAAGUGAUAGGAGAUGGUGAUGGUGAUGGCUGGGUACAGGCCAAAGAUUCACAAGGCCAAAUUGGUUUCAUUCCCGAAAGUUACGUUCGUUUCUUAGAAGAUGGUGAGCAACCCAGUAUGCAACCUACCACAACAGCAUCAAUGGAGACAUACGAUCCAUCUAGUAGUCUGGAUAUGCCAUCAAUGUCUUCACCCCCUCAUGCAGCUCUUUCCACUCCUGACCUGCCGCCAGCACCCGACAUACCUCCAGCUACUGACUUGACUGCUGAAGAAAUCAGAGCUGCUGGGCAAGACAACAAUGAUAUGCCGCCACCCCCAGACUUUACAAUGACAAACCAUAUGGAACCACCAAGUGAUGUUUCUCAUUACGAUGUGGCAUCUUCAUUUUCCUCUGGAGACCUUGAAGUACAGCAAGCAACUGCCCAAACUACCUCAGAGAUACCUGCUGUUCCAAACCUUCCACUGAUUCCUAAUGACGGUGAAAUUUGGGCUAGAGCUCUUUAUGAUUAUGAGGGAAAUACAGAUGAUGAACUAUCCUUUACUGAGGGUACAUAUAUUAGAAUAAUUAGAAAAGAUGAAAACGGCAUUGAUGACGGAUUCUGGCAGGGGGAAAUUGAAGGAGAGAUUGGAGUUUUCCCUUCCCUAGUUGUGGAAGAAUUAGUUGAAAAUGGUGAACCAGAACAGGAUUUGCUGACUCCUGUAAAAGGCGGUCCCCCAGAUUUUGCCCCACCUCCUCCAGUUAUGGUCACAUUACCAACACCAGAUAGAUUAACACCACCUUCAUUAUCAAAUGGCCAAGCAAAAACUGAUGAUUCCACUUCAACUACAACUACUACUACAACCACCACCACAGCUUCUACUGGAGAACAAGUAUCUGAACCAAAGGAAUGUGAAAAACCACCAACUUCUGACAUUGAAGGUUCUUCUGAUUCUGCUGCUGCAUCUGAAGAAACCAAAGAUGUAAAUGCAGUAGCAGAGACUGAAGUAGUUGAUGCAGAACAAAGCAAAACAACUGAUUCUAGUAAGCCUGAAGAAUCUACAAAACAAACAUCUGGUUCUUUGGAUCAAGUAGAAUCAGCUGUCGAGUCAGAUUUACCUGACCAACAGCAGAAUUUAGACUCUAAACCUGGCUCACUUGACCAGUCACAAGAUAAGGCAGAACCCAUUGGAGACACUGAGUCUCUGGAGAAAACAGAAUCAUCAUCUAAAACCAAAUCUGCUAAUGGAACAGAAUCUUCUGAACAAGCAACUUCUGUGAAAGACUCAAGUUCGGUGGAUAAACCUAGUCUGCAUGAGGAGACCAGUGCAGACUCCAAAACACAUGGGGAAGAUUCUCAAACCUUCAAAAGUAGCGAUGAAUUUGGUCAACCAAUAGAAAACAAUGUAUCUAAUGCAGUCACUGAUGAUGAUUCCAUGAAAACCCAUGAUGACAAUAUUGUGGCAACAUUGCCUGCUGUAUCAUCAGAGCCUUCUGUAGAACCAAAGAAAGAAGAGGUGGAGGGAGAGAAAGAAAGAGUAAUGGAAAAGGGGGAAGAGCAUGAGGAGGAGAAACCAGAGGAGGGAGCUGAGAUGAAAAAGCCAGCUGAUGAUGGAGAACAAGACGUUAAAAAAGAAGAGGUAAAAGAUGAAAAUGUUGAAGAUAACACUGAAAUGGAUAUACUCCUGUAGAAAUAUGAGAAAGAGUAGUUGUUUGGUGCAGGUACCAGGAGCUGGAAUGGUACUUGUUUCUGACAUGCCUCCUUUCCUUUACACAGUAAUAAAAAAAAAAAGAUGAAGGUCCAGUGUACAACAAACAAAGAUGUACAAAAGAAAGAACU